AGCAAAGCUGCAGAUCCUGCCUCGUGCCUGUCCAGCCUUGGAAGUGUCUGAAGUCUGGCUGUGUGCAGGCCUUGCCACCUUCUGCCUGGUUCAUGCAUGCUGAAGGCUGGGCCAAGCGGAGGCUUGCUCCCCAGGAAGAUGGCAGCUCUUCACAGGACUUCAGAUCCCUCGGCUGUCCAGCUGGAGAGGGUAGAGGACAGAGUGGAAUGUGGUACUGACCAGGAGGAGGAGGAGGAGGAGAAGCAGGGAGAGGUGGAAGAUUUGGAAGAAGAAGAAGAGGAGGAGGAGGAAGAGGAGGAGGAAGAGGAGAAGGAAGCACAGGUACAGAAGGUGGCAGAGGUGGAGGUGAAGGCCAAUUUGCUGGAGGAGGAGAAGAAAGAGAAGGAAGAGGAAGAGGAGGAUGAGGAGGUCCUGGCAGAGGAGCCGAGUCCUGGCUUGGAGACGGGGGAUCAACAUAGCCAUGAUGGUGACACCAAGUCCACAGUUCUUCUGAGAAAGUCCCUGCAGGCUUCCCGGCUUGUAGUUACUGCUCUAGAUGAAGAAGAAGAGGAGGAGGAGGAGGAGGAGGAGGAAGAGGAGGAAGAGGAAGACUUCCUGACAGCUGGGUCCCAGGGAUUGGUGACCUUUGAGGAUGUGGCUGUGUACUUUUCCCUGGAGGAAUGGGAGAGGCUGAAUGUGGAGCAGCGGGCCCUCUACCAGGAAGUGAUGCAAGGGAACUAUGGGAUCCUGGUGUCCCUGGGAUACCCAAUCCCCAAACCAGAUUUGAUUUUCCGCCUGGAACAAGGGGAAGAACCUUGGGUCCCAGAUAGCCCCCAUCCUGAGGAGGGCGACAUUGUCACUGGAGUCUACACAGGAGCCUGGUACUGGACUGACGACCUAGAGGACCAUGAGGAGGAAGACGAUGAAGACUUCUUGGCAGAAAUGACUGAGGAGGAGAAUGAGCCACCUGGGCUGUGGUCUGCCGCCUAUGGAGUUGGGGACGUGCCUGGGACCUGGGGCCCCGACGACUCGGAUUCCGGGCAGACUGCGGAGGGGUGGGGACCGGACUCGGGUGGCCUCGGAGUCCUGGCAGAUGAGGCUGGGGCAAAGCCCUUCUUGGGGCGGGAAGAGCUGGCGCCCUGGGCGUUCCCAGUAGUGGCCGCCCCAAUUGGGCGACCGGAGACCACAUGUGACGUGUGCGGCAAGGUGUUUCCGCACCGGUCCAGGCUGGCCAAGCACCAGCGCUACCAUGCAGCUGUCAAGCCCUUCGGCUGCGACGAAUGUGGCAAGGGCUUCGUGUACCGCUCGCACCUGGCCAUCCACCAGCGCACGCACACCGGCGAGAAGCCAUUCCCGUGCCCGGACUGCGGCAAGCGCUUCGUCUACAAGUCGCACCUGGUAACGCACCGGCGCAUCCACACCGGGGAGCGGCCCUACCGCUGCGCCUUCUGCGGCGCGGGCUUUGGGCGCCGCUCCUACCUGGUCACGCAUCAGCGCACGCACACGGGCGAGCGGCCCUACCCAUGCCCGCACUGCGGACGCAGCUUUAGCCAGAGCUCGGCGCUCGCGCGCCACCAGGCCGUGCACACCGCCGACCGGCCGCACUGCUGCCCGGACUGCGGCCAGGCCUUCCGCCUGCGCGCCGACUUCCAGCGCCACAGGCGCGGCGGGGGCUGCACGGAGCCCGGCGGCAACGGCUCGCAGCCGGAGCCCCGCAACGUGGCGAUUGCGCCUGGGACCGAGGAACUGGAGGUCGGGCCCGAGGAAGCUGAGGAGCCAGAGACCAGCGCCGCAGACGGAGCCCCUGAGAUCGACGAAAGAGGCGCAGAGGCCUCUGUCCUCGAGAACACUAAGGAGCCGGAGCCCGGCCAGCGGCCCCUGGAGGUGGGCAACGGCCUAGGAGAGGGCCAGGGCCCCUCCUCACACCCGCUCGGCUUCCACUUUCCUGUGCACCCCAAGUCCUGGCUCCGACCCGACGGCUUCCCAAUCUUGGGCCUCCCUGAGUUCGGAGAGCGUCUGCCAGCCGACGGGCGCCCCGUGCUGGGUCCCCUGGGGGGCCCGCUGGCCCUGGUGGAGGGCGCGGGGCUGGCGUGUGGCCCUUUCAGCGGUGGCGGAGGCAGCGGCGGUGCCGCGGGCGGCGGCCUGCGCGCGUUCGGGCCAGCCAUUGGGGGGCUGCUGGCCGAGCCGGCGCCCGCCGCGCUGGCCGAGGAGGAGAGCCCGUGGAUCUGCUCGGACUGCGGCAAGACGUUCGGCCGCCGCGCCGCGCUGGCCAAGCACCAGCGCUACCACGCGGGCGAGCGGCCGCACCGCUGCGCCGACUGCGGCAAGAGCUUCGUGUAUGGCUCGCACCUGGCGCGCCACCGGCGCACGCACACAGGCGAGCGGCCCUUCCCGUGCCCGGAGUGCGGUGCGCGCUUCGCCCGCGGCUCGCACUUGGUGGCGCACGUGCGCGGCCACACCGGUGAUAAGCCUUUUGUGUGCGGCGUGUGCGGCGCGGGCUUCAGCCGCCGCGCGCACCUGACGGCGCAUGGGCGCGCGCACACGGGCGAGCGGCCCUACGCGUGCGGCGAGUGCGGUCGCCGCUUCGGGCAGAGCGCGGCUCUGACGCGGCACCAGUGGGCGCACGCGGAGGAGAAGCCGCAUCGCUGCCCCGACUGCGGCAAAGGCUUCGGCCACAGCUCGGACUUCAAGCGGCAUCGGCGCACGCACACAGGCGAGAAGCCCUUCCGCUGUGCCGACUGCGGCCGCGGCUUUGCGCAGCGCUCCAACCUGGCCAAGCACCGGCGCGGGCACACGGGGGAGCGGCCCUUCCCGUGCCCCGAGUGCGGCAAGCGCUUCUCGCAGCGCUCGGUGCUCGUGACGCACCAGCGCACGCACACGGGGGAGCGGCCCUACGCCUGCGCCAACUGCGGCCGCCGCUUCUCACAGAGCUCGCACCUGCUCACGCACAUGAAGACGCAUCGAGGCCCGGCUGCGCCUGGCGCGGCGCCGGCAGCCCCUUCGCCCAAGACCCCAGCGCCCAAGGGACCGGCGAGCGCGAGUCCUGGCCGGGGCCUGGGCGGCAGCGCCCUGCUGGAAUUCGCGGGAGGGACGAGCUUCGGCUCGGAGCCCGCGGCAUUCGCGGGGCCCUCGGGCACCUACGCUGGGAGCCCCGGGAAGGAGAGCGUCCCGUGAGGCGCCGCGGCCCGCGCGCAGCCCACCCCGCCGAGGGGCGCCACCCAUGGCCCCGGCUUCCCUCUCUCCCGCCUAAAGAACGAAGUCUAGUGAGGAAGCAAGGGGAGCGGUGGGGCAGCCCCUAGAGCAGACGGCGACCCCCACCCCACCCCACCCCAGCGGCGGGCCAGGCUAUUUAUUGUGCCCGGAUUCCCACAUGCGCUGCUGCUGGUCGCCGAUGGUGUUCAGGGCGGGAAGUUGAGGAAGAGCGCGGGUCAGCGCCCGUGGGGAGACCCGGGUAGGUGUUGGCCCCUUCCCCCCUUCCUCAGCGGGAGCUCAGGGCCCUUCGGUCGUCAGUGGGCCCAGAAAGCCUUGGGAACGCCAGGCAAGGACCGCUUUGGUCUCAGCUCUCUCCACCCAUCCCUUGGCCCUGGUGGCCAGAGGUGGUGGCACUCGGACGUCCUUGGGGUGCCCUCUGGGUUCCCACAGACCCGGGCCCCAUCGUCGUUCCCUGGACUGUCCCCUCCUGCAGCAGGCAGACACCCGGGGCCCUGCACCUCGGAGCCCAGGGCUCUUUUAGCUUUCAUUGCCCAGUGCGGGUCCAAGGAUCUCCCCUUCUGUCCGCCUGGUGCCAGGGCCCCCGCAACCUCCGAAGGCCAUUUUAGCUGCUUCUGUCGUCGUCCACACUACAUUCCUGCCCCACUGGGGGCCGAGAGGUGGCAGGCCACACCUGAAGGGGGUGGGCCCGAACCCCUGGCACAGUGACACCAAGCAACCAGCUAUGCAAGCUCUGGCCUGGUGGACGGCAGUCGCCGCGGGCUCAGGGCUCAGGAGAGGUCACCUCGCAUUAUACUGUAUGGGCCAGAGAAGUGAGGUUUUGAAGCACUGCAUUCCCUUUUAGAGCUAGUUCCUUCUGUGUUAGUGUAGACACGGCCGCAGGGGUGAGAGCCAGCGGCCAGGCUGCUAGGUGCUGGUUGGGUUGGUGUGGUAGUGGCGGGUGGUGGGUUGGGAGGAGAGCAGGGGUCUCAGGGAGGCCCGAGUGCUGGGUCAUGGCCUCUCUGCCCCAGGCCUUUUCCUUCCCAUGUCUUCUGGGAUACGAGCCUCGGAAGGAGCCAAAGCAGGGUGGGCCGGAGGGGAGCCCGGCCCCAGCCCUAGGGCCUGGCUACUUCAGCUCUGCCCAGCAGCUGUCGGCAGGACCUAGCUUUAAUAAAGA